AUGGAUGUAGUUAGAGAAGAACAAGCUGCCUUCAGAGAGGAGAUGGACUCUGUCAAAAGCAAGAUCGAGCAGAUCUUUGAGGCUAUACAAGCUCUGGCUAGAAGGGAAGAAGAGGCUCGUGUUGCCGCUGCUGCAAGGAACGAUGCUCUAGUUCAAGGGGUUGCUCUUCAGUCAGGACCUUCAGUUCCUAUUCCAAAUCCCGUUAUCUACGGUCUUCCUCCAGGCUUUGUUCCACCGUCUGAAAGAAAUCAUAUGCCUCCACCUGCGCAUACUUCUGGAGUAGCUGAUGGAGUCGUUGUGCAAGGACCUCCGAUAGUUAAUCAAGUAGUCAUGCCCCGCAUUGAUGAAGAGCUCCAGGACGAGUUUGAAAUGCAGAAUUACAAUGGAGCUCCUCGAAUGGUCAUCCCUACUGCUGCCCAAGAUUCUGAGGCUAUCUUGAUGUGUCGUGCUCUGGCCGAAAAGCUAAGAAUCUUGGAAGGACAUAACUCAACCCGUUUAAGUGCCUUGAAGAUGUGUCUAGUCCCAGACGUGUUGGAAUGUAGCAAUAUCCACACUUGGGAUGAGUUGGCUGAAGCAUUCGCAAAGCAAUACAAAUAUAAUACUGACAUGGCACCAAACCGUACUCAGCUUCAGAGUACGGCCCAGAAAGACAAUGAAUCUUUUAAAGAAUACGCACAACGCUGGAGAGAAUUGGCUGCAAUGGUGCACCCGUCGCUGGUUGAUCGUGAAUUGAUUGACAUUUUCAUGGGAACCUUGCAGAGCCAAUAUUAUGAAAGAUUGAUCAGUAGUGUGUCCACAGGAUUUUCUGACAUGGUGAUCGUGGGAGAAAGAGUAGAAGAAGGACUGAAGAGUGGUAAAAUCCAGGGAGGUUCCAGCAGUCAACAAAUCUUGAAGAAGCCUUUCAACGGAUUCAAGAGGAAGGAGGGUGAGACUAGUGCCAUUUCUUCUCAGAGGGGGAUACCACCAUACAAAGCUUUUGCUUCUGUGCCUUAUUAUCAGUACCCUUACGUAGCAGCUGUUCAAUAUCCAACCAUGCCUUACCGUCCAAUUGCUCUUGUUCCUAUUCCAGCUCCGGUACCUCACUAUCAAGUUCCAGUUCCUUAA